GCGCACUCGGACUCAGAGGCUGAAGUUUCAUUUUUCUGGCAAAAUUUAAACAAUAAAAGGAUGUAAUUUUUUUCUUCUUCUUCUUAUACUGCGAGUAUUGCAUUGAAAAUGAGGACGUUUAUUAUACUACUUCUUUACCGGACAGCGUCUGUGUCUGCAGUGAAGCACUCUCUGAAGUAUUUCUACACUGCAUCCUCUCAAGUCCCAAAACUUCCCAGAGUUCGUGGUUGAUGAAGUUCAGAUUCUUCAGUUUGACAGCAACACCAUGAAAACUGUGUCCAAACCGGACUGAAUGAACAGAAAUAUAGAUGAGCAGUACUGGGAGAGAGAGACUGGGGGCUUUGUAAGUGCCCAGCAGGUGUUCAAAGCCAACAUUGAAAUUGCAAAGCAGCGCUUCAACCAAACUGGAGGUGUUCACGUUUUCCAGCAGAUGUACGGCUGUGAAUGGGACGAUGAGACGAAUGAGGUGGACGGAUAUGAGCAGUUUGGUUAUGAUGGAGAAGACUUCAUAAUAUUUGACCUGCAGACAGAGACGUGGGUCGCUCCUAAACAACAGGCUGUGGUGACCAAACUCAAGUGGGACAGUAACAAAGCUUUUUUAACCAGUGUGAAGAACUAUUACACUCAGAUUUGUCCUGAGUGGGUGAAGAAGUAUCUGAACUAUGGGCGGAGCUCUUUAAUGAGAACAGUUCUUCCUUCAGUGUCUCUCCUCCAGAAGUCUCCCUCCUCUGCCAUCAGCUGCCACGCUACAGGUUUCUAUCCUAACAGAGCCGAGAUGAUGUGGAGGAAAGAUGGAGAGGAGACUCAUGAGGGUGUGGAGAUAGGAGAGAUCCUCACCAACAAUGAUGGGACCUUCCAGAUGAGAGUUAACCUGGAUCUGAGAUCUGUUCCAGGUGAAGACUGGAGGAGGUACGACUGUGUGUUUCAGUUCUCUGGUAUAAAUGAAAACGUCACCACCACACUGGAUAAAACAGCCAUCAGGACAAAUGAAGCCUCGACAGAAGUGCCCAACAUCACGAUCAGCUUCAGCCCCACUGCCGUCCCCAUCAGCGUACCCAUUGUCACUGCUGCUCUUGUUCUUGCUGUUGUUGCACUAAUCGGAUUCAUUAUUUACAAAAAGAAAACUGACACGAUCACGUCACCUGGAAAUGAUCCUGAAAUGAGCCCUUCAGAUACAAAAUUUUCUUCUCAUAGUUUUUCAGACAUAACCAGCAAAACUCAGCUGAUGACAAGUAAGUGCAGGCUCUGUGUGACACACAGCCUUAAUCUCUGUGUGGUGCUGCAUGUUUUUACUCAUUAAUCUCAUGGAUUUUUAUACUCUGAUGCACUUUAAAUUGUUUUUAAAAAAUUCUGCAAUGUUCAGCUGGUCUGACUCACCAGCUGCAGAUUUGACAUAUAAACCUGCCAUCGCCUUCAUAUUUCACGUUUCUUCUCAUACAGUCGAUUGUUUUUGCAUUACUGUUUUCAAAAUGCUCUCAUCUAAAGGAAACAACAUCCUCAGUGGGAGCAACAUAUAAGCUGAACAUGCAACACUGGCAAAGAUCUAGAUAUGACAAACUAGACAUUUUUAUGACAGUGCACAUCGUUCCAGUUGCUGUUUCUUAUCAGGGUAAGAAACAGUGGCUUCCACUAAAGCCUCAUAUAUGAAGACAACCGAGGCCAUAUAACAGAUUGUUACUGGGGAAUAAGUAACUAGUUAAAUUGUAUAACUAGUGGCAUUACAGGCGAGGGUUUGUGCAGAGAUGGUCACGGCCCAGUGUUUGUCUGACAGCUCUUGCAUCUUGUUGAGUUUUGUAUUUUAGGAUUCAAGGAUUCUUUAUUGUCAUUCGCAUCACAUGUUUACAUGAGG